CUAACGGAAGUUGGUAACUAGUUAGCAAGAAAACACAUGUAGCCGUAACACCAGUCUCUGUCUGCCCCUGAAAGAACGGACACUAUGGAAGCUCUGCAAGGCUUGGUUAAAGGAAUGAAGAUGGAGAGUCAGACAGCGGCUCUGCUGACCUCUGCUGCCUGCGGGCUGGGAGCCCUUGUGGUGAUAGUGCGGACCGUCAGCGAGCACCGGGCAGCGAAGGACAAGAUCCAAAGAGCCAGGAACCGGAGGACCGAGAGCCUGCAGCGGGCUGAGCAGGAGGUGCUUCGCUACAGACAGUCGCAUCCAUCCUCCGACCCUGCCGCCAUCUUGUCACUGUCGUUGCCUGAGUUGACAAAGAAGCUGCGGGAAGGUUCGUUGUGCCCUGAGGAAGUGUUUUACUCCUAUAUGCAAAAGACUCUGGCUGUGCACAAGAACCUGAACUGCUGCACAGAAAUUUUGCUGGAGAGUUUCGACCAGCUAAAAAGAGUUGACUCCAACAAGGAAGGCCUCCUGUAUGGGAUUCCUGUCAGCAUUAAAGACAACGUUUCAUAUAAGAACUAUGACUGCACCUGCGGCGUGAUCGUAAAUCUGAACCAGCCAGCCAAGAAGGACAGCGUGAUCGUGGAAGUACUGAAGAAACAAGGAGCCAUUCCUUUUGUAAAAACCAACCUGCCACAAGCACUGUUAAACUAUGAUUGCAGUAACCCCAUCUUCGGGCAGACCGUUAACCCCUAUAAUACCCAGAAGACCUCCGGAGGUUCUUCCGGUGGAGAGGGAGCUCUGAUUGGAGGAGGUGGCUCCAUUCUUGGAAUUGGCAGCGACAUAGGGGGGAGUAUCCGCAUACCCGCCUCCUUCUGUGGUAUCUGUGGUUUUAAGCCAACAACAGGCCGGCUCAGUUCACAGGGCAUUGCUCCCAUUUACCGAGGACAAAAGUGUGUGCUCUCAUCUCCUGGACCCUUGGCACAGGACGUGGACAGUUUAGCUCUGUGUAUGCAGGCUCUUCUCUGUGACCACAUGUUUUCCUUGGACCCCACUGUGCCACCAUUACCCUUUAAUCUUGAGAUGUACCAGAGCUCCAAGCCUCUUAGAAUCGGUUACUUUGAAAACGAUGGGUAUUCACAGCCUUCUCCGAGCAUAAUUCGCAGCCUCAGAGAGGUCAAAGCUCUGUUGGAGCAGGCUGGGCACACACUGGUGCCUUAUGAACCUCUGAGGGUGAAUCAAGUUGCCAUUAAACUCAUAAUAAGCGGUGUGUUUUCAGAUGGAUCCACCAGCAUGCUACAAAAACUGAAAGGAGGACCCGUGGACCCCUGCCUCAGGCCUCAGGUUAAAUUGUACUCUGUCCCUAAAUGGUUGAAGAGAAUCCUCGUAUUCCUGCUGAAGCCCUUUUCACCUCGCAUCCCUUCCGUCCUGAGCGCCCUCUGUGGAAUCAGCGCCAUCCCGGAGAUUUGGAAGCUGCAUGCUGCUGUUGAGGACUACAUUUCUGAGACCGUAGCACACUGGAGGAAACACAACAUAGAUGUGUUGCUUUGCCCCAUGAUUGGACCGGCCUUCAACUUACUAUACUGCGGCAGACUCACAAGUCUCACCAGUUUAACAAUGCUUUACAAUCUCCUCAAUUUUCCGGCUGGCGCCGUCACCGUGUCCACGGUGACGGCUCAGGACGAGGAGGAACUUAAGCAUUUCAGAGGCAUUUAUCAGGACUACUGGGACAAGCUGCAUAAACAGGCUGUGACCGGAGCUGAGGGUCUCCCCUUGGCGGUGCAGUGCGUGGCCCUGCCGUGGCAAGAUGAGCUGUGCCUGCGCUUUAUGAAGGAGGUGGAACAGCUUGUCAAACACAAGAAAUACUAGAACAACUCAGAUUUUCUGGACCCUACAGCUGGGCUAACAUCUGACCACACUACUACGUUUGCUAAAGCUGCAGGUUUUAAAAAAAUAAGAUGCCUUAGGCUAAAUAACUGUAGCAAAAAAAAAUAUAUAAUUUUCUUGAAUUUGUAUUUUUGUCAUGGUUGUGAGUUUUUCACCUAACAUAUAAUUUUCAUGGAUUUUAGAUACAAAAUUUAGAGUAUGAUUUAAAACUUGAAAAAGUAAUGAUUUGUUUUGUUUUUGAUUUUUAUUUCUAAGUGUGUUUGGUAUCUCACAGUAAGGCAUAACCAGAAGAUGAAUUAAAAAUUAUACCCAUGGACAAAUAAAUUAUUAAUGUGGAAUGUGUUGUAAAAUAGGUACAGAUUUAGAAAAGAAUUAAUAUGACAAAGUGUUUGUUGUAAUGUUUUUUUUUCAUAAUGAAAUAUUCUAUGUAAUUAACAAAUUAGAAUAAAACAGAAUUUAGUCAGUGGGAAGAAAGCUGAUGUCAUUUCUCAGAACCAGACAUUAUUUUUGGUGUUGACAUAUGUGCCCUUCUCAUUCCUCUGAACAUCUGAGUACAUAUGAUGUGUUUAUGGUGUGAUGUGUUGUGCAGCUGAAUUAAUUUUUAAUAAAGUAAUUUAACAUGAA